UUUGGUAAGGAAGACUCCCAGAUCCAGAGAAAGAAGAAAGAAGAGGAGUUCAGAAUGGCUCUUACUCAGGGACGCUUGACAUUUAGGGAUGUGACCAUAGAAUUCUCUCAGGAGGAGUGGCAGUGCCUGGACCCUGCUCAGAGAGCUUUGUACAGGGCCGUGAUGUUGGAGAACUACAAGAACCUGGUCUCCCUGGGACUCUUGCUUCCUGACCUGACUGUUCUUUCCAUGUUGGAGGAAGGGAAAGAGCCCUGGACUGUGGAGACUAAAGUGAAAACAAGAAAUUCAAAUAAGGGAGAAUGGAUCAAAGGUGUGCACUCAGGGACGAGCUGUGUAUUGGGAAUGGAAGCAAGAUACAAACCUACUAAAAAUCAACUUGGAUUAAGCUGUUACUCCCAUGUGCCUGAACAGCCAUUAUUUCAAGAUGAAAGGAAAACCGAUGAAUGGAAUGAAGUUGAAAACUCUCUCAAUCAUAUUACCUCAUUUUCUCCGCUUGAAAACAUCCCUUCCAAGCUCAAAAGCCACAUGCUUAAUAAAAAUCAAAAUGAUUUUGUCCAUUUUCCAACAGUCACACAAGAACUGAACGUACACAUUAGGGAAGAACGUUAUAGGCAUAAUGAGUGUGGCAAAGCCUUUAGUGUGUCUUCAAACCCUCCUGAUCAUAGGGUAGUCCAUACAGGAAAGAAACCUGCGAAAUGUGAAGAGUGUGGCAAGGGCUUCAGAAAAAAUUCAGAUGUACAACAUUGGAGAAUCCAUACUGGGGAGAAACCUUAUGGAUGUAAUGAGUGUGGCAAAGUUUUCAGGAAAAAUGCACACCUAUUCCAACAUCAGAGAAUUCACUCUGGGGAAAAACCUGGCAAAUGUGCCAAGUGUGGCAGAGCAUGUAGUCUUCCUUCAAGGCUUUAUAAACAUCAGGUAAUCCAUAAUGCAAAUAAACUUUUCAAAUGCGAGGUGUGUGGCAAAGUUUUCAGGCAAAAUGCACACUUAGCAAAGCAUCGUAAACUUCACACUGGAGAGAAACCAUACAAAUGUAAUGAGUGUGGCAAGGCUUUUAUUUACAGUUCACAUCUUAUAAAACAUGCAAGUGUUCAUACUGCACAGAAAACAUACAAAUGCAAUGAGUGGGGCAAGGUCUGUUACAAAUCAAACAUUUAAAAUCAUCACAAAACUCAUUUUGGAGAGAAACCUUGCAAAUGUUACAAAGAUGGCAAAAAAUUUAGUUGGUCUUCAAGGCUUCCUAUACAUCAGGUUAUCCAUAAUGCAGAUGAACCCUACAAAUGUGAUGAUUGUGGGAAGGUUUUCCGGCACAAAUUAUCCCUAACAGUUCAUCUGAGAAUUCAUACUGGAGAGAAACCUUACAAAUGUAAUGAAUGUGACAAGGUCUUCAGUCAGAAAGUAUCCCUUAGGGUUCAUCUGAAAACACAUACUGGAGAGAAACCUUACAAAUGUAGUGAGUGUGGCAAAGUCUUCCGUCACAAAUCAAAUCUUAAAAAUCAUUACACCAUCCAUUUGGGAGAGAAACCUUACAAGUGUAAUGAAUGUGGCAAGGCCUUCAGACAGAAGAUAGGCCUUACUGUUCAUCAGAAAAUACAUUCUGGAGAGAAACUUUACAAAUGUAAUGAAUGUGGCAAGGCCUUCCGUCAUAAAUCACACCUUAAAAAUCAUCAUAAAAUCCAUACAGGGGAGAAACUUUACAAAUGUAAUGAAUGUGACAAGACCUUCAGAGAAAAAACAUCCCUUACACGUCACCAGCGAAUUCAUACUGGAGAGAAACCUUACAAGUGUAAUGAGUGUGGCAAGGUCUUCUGUCAACAGUCAACCCUUAAAACUCAUCACAGAAUCCAUACUGAAGAGAAACCAUACAAAUGUAAUGAGUGUGGCAAGGCCUUCAGUUUAAAGUUAUAUCUUAAAAGUCAUCAAAGAAUCCAUGUGUGAGAGAAUCCUUACAAAUGUAAUGUAUGCAGUAAUGUCUUUAGUCACAUUUCAUGCCUUGCACAGCAUCGGAGAAUUCAUUUGUGAGAGACUGCAAAUUCCUUGAGAGUGCCA